AUGGGAAAAGGGCAAUUUGAUGGUGAAGCGGACCUGGCGUCCGCCUGCUCGGGUUUGCUCUCCAUCGACGCGUUUGUCACGUCGCUGUCCUCCAUCAUCGCCAACCCGGCAACGCUGCAGCUCGUGAGCGUAGUUCUGCCGCCGUCCGGUCUGCCCGACACGACGUUCAUCAAUGGCACAUGUGCGCACGCUGCGGCCUCCAUCGCCGUCACCUUCAUCUGGGGAGAAGACGGUGUGUCCGCUGCGCAUGUGGACGUCACCGCCGCCAACGUGACGCAAUCGCAGCCAUUUGUGCAGACGUUCGCCGUCACCUUUGCCCGCAGCACAGACGCAAAAGUUCGCUCUGGUCGCCCCGGAUAUUUGGACGGCCGCCCGCUGCUCAUGCAGGACUUUGAGUAUUCGCUGAUUGGCGUCGACGCAAGAUCAACACGCUGCAGUGAGGUUGGCCGCCGCCCGCUCGCCUUCAACGAGAAUUCGCUGUCAAUGUGUCAACUCGAGUUUUCCGUCGACGAUUUCAGCGACUGCAACGCUUUGCGCGCCAAUUUCAGACAGCACCUUGGGCUCCCCUCGUCGUCGUCGGUUCCCGGCCGCGUCGGCAUUUACGGCGAUUCUGACACAUCUGCAGCGGGCGAAUGGAUCGACGUCAUCCACACCACCACCCGCGAAUACGCCGAUCAAGAGCUGUUCCUGAACUACACGCAGCGGCCCCUAUGCAACGACGUUCCACGGCGUGCCGAGAUUCAGGUGUUGGUGACGUCGCAAGGGCAUCCGCAGAACCCGCAGAUGAUUGUGUUUGGAGCGCAGGUCACAACAUACACACGCCAUCUCUACAUCACUGCCACAACCCCAGCGCCGCCAGUUUCAAAUGUGACGCUCACGACAGCACCACCAACAAAUACAACAGCGGCACCCACAAAUGCAACUGCGGCACCUUCAAAUGCAACAGCCGAGCCUGUACGGCAGGUGGAGCUGGUGUCUGUGGGCGUGUCGUUUGUGUAUGUGGAUCCAGGCGCCGCGGGGCUUAAGCGCCGGCGGAACCACCGCCCACACUCGUGUUUCAGGGGCACGUGCUGGCACGUUCCGUUUAGAACGGCGCAGCGGAGGUGGACGACGGAUCCGCAAGUUCAGGCGCACUACGCAGCCGUACUUGCACGGUUCAUUGCGGUGAUGAUUUGCAUUGCGUGUUUGGGCGUGUUGUCCUUGGUCAUUCACAUGCAAGGACCGCGAAGAUGACGACACGCAGUGUGUGCCACUCUCGUGGCCGCCGCGAGUGGUGUGUGUGUGUAUGUUACUUGCUUGCUUGCUUACAUUAUUGCACGACGCUGUAGUGGGCUGUUGUUACACAUUGAGACUGCUUACAUGGAUGGGUUGGUUUGUUUAGCGUUUGGAAAGCAACAAAAUGUACACAGUUGUGAUAAGCA